AUUUUAAGAAAUUAUCUCAUAAUAUCUGUGUUUAUCUAAAUCAGGGGUCAGCAAACUGUGACUAACAAUGGCUGGUUUCUGUAACAACCAAUAAGCUAAGAAUGAUUAUUAUAUUGUUAAAAGAUUGUUAACUAAAAAAGAAGAGUAUGUAGACAGACAGGGUGUGCACUGAAAAGCGUAAAAGAUUUACUCCCUGAUGUACAUUAUUCAAGGUAUGUAGUAAUAUUUCUUUAUGUAAACAUUAAACAUUUCUUGCUCUUUUGUUUGUUUUAUAUCAUCAUUUUCAAUGACCUUUAAAAAAACUGGUAAUAUGGUUUUCCAUUGCAUUUUUACAUUGUACCACAAUGUAAGAGUGUUACUCAGUUUUUGCUUUUAUAGCAAUACUGGAAUAAACGUAUUUGCACACAAUUUUAUGACUUGUGAAAUGCUUGGUAAAAUUUUAUAUGCACUUUAAAAUUUGAUAAUUUUUUGCUAAAUUGCCCUUGCUCCAAAGCAGACCAGUUUUAUGUUUUCCCCGCUUUGUUGUCCUUACCCGUGUCAACCCCAGUAGAGACUAAAAUUGUUUGACUCUUUAAUCAGAUAGGUCCCUUUAAUUAUCUGUUACUCCCUAACAAACAAAACCUGAGUGGCUUAAAAUAACAUCAUCAUCAUUAAUUUUGCUCAGAAAUCUGCAGUUUGGUCUGAGCUUGGUAGGAACAACUUGUCUCUGCUUAUUAUCUUGAUGUCAUUUCUGGAGGCUCAGAGCCUCAGGACAUGGUCACUUACAUGUCUGGCUGCCUGCUGGAAUCUCAGCUGGGGCUGUGGAGAGCACCUAUGAAGUCCAUGUGACUGGUUGGCUUCCUCACGGUAUAGUCACUGGGUUCCAAGGAAGAUAUCCCAAAAGGACCAGGUGGAAGCCAUGUCACCUUUCAUGGUUUAGCCUCAGAAGUCACAUAGCUUCAUUUCUGCCCACAUUUAAGGGGGAGGAAACAUAGACCUCACUUCUUAGUAGAUGACAGGGGUGGCAGCAUUACAUUGUAAGAGAGCAUGUCAGAUGGGAUGUAUUGGGGCAACCAAGUUUGGAAACUGCGGUCAGUCACAAGGUGGAAUAUUUAUUUUGAUGUGCGUAUUUUAAAAUUAUGGGUGUGAUUAUACAUCUUUUCACAUGUUCAUUGACUAGUUCCAUUACUUUUCCUUUUACUGUGACCUGCCUUUUCUUUUUUCUUUUCUUUUUUUUUUUUUGAGACGGAGUCUUACCCUGUCACCCAGGCUGGAGUGCAAUGGCGCGAUCUCGGCUCACUGCAACCUCCCCCUCCUGGGUUCAAACAAUUCUCCUGCCUCAGCCUCCCGAGUACUUGGGAUUACAGCGGCGUCUUCGACAUCUUCGGAACAUUGCUGCCCGGAACAUUGUUAAUAGAAAUGGCCAUCAGCUCCUUGAUACCUACUUUACACUUCACUUGUGUAGUACUGAAAAGAUAUAUAAAGAAUUUUAUAGAAGUGAAGUGAUUAAGAAUUCCUUGAAUCCCACGUGGCGAAGUCUCGAUUUUGGAAUUAUGCCAGACCGUCUUGAUACAUCUGUGUCUUGUUUCGUGGUGAAGAUAUGGGGUGGAAAGGAGAACAUCUACCAGCUGUUGAUUGAAUGGAAAGUCUGUUUGGAUGGGCUGAAAUACUUGGGUCAGCAGAUUCAUGCCCGAAACCAAAAUGAAAUAAUUUUUGGGCUGAAUGAUGGCUACUAUGGUGCUCCAUUUGAACAUAAGGGUUAUUCAAGUGCUCAGAAGACUAUUCUUCUACAGGUGGAUCAGAACUGUGUUCGCAAUUCUUAUGAUGUCUUCUCUUUGCUACGGCUUCAUAGAGCCCAGUGUGCAAUUAAACAGACUCAGGUAACUGUUCAGAAAAUUGGAAAGGAAAUUGAAGAAAAACUAAGACUCACAUCUACAAGCAAUGAGCUGAAAAAAAAAAGUGAAUGCCUGCAGUUAAAAAUUUUGGUGCUUCAAAAUGAACUGGAACGGCAGAAGAAAGCUUUGGGACGGGAGGUGGCAUUACUGCAUAAGCAACAAAUUGCAUUACAAGACAAAGGAAGUGCAUUUUCAGCUGAGCACCUCAAACUUCAACUCCAGAAGGAAUCCCUAAAUGAGCUGAGGAAGGAGUGCACUGCAAAAAGAGAACUCUUUUUGAAGACUAAUGCUCAGUUGACAAUUCGUUGCAGGCAAUUACUCUCUGAGCUUUCCUACAUUUACCCUAUUGAUUUGAAUGAGCAUAAGGAUUACUUUGUAUGCAGUGUCAAGUUGCCUAAUUCUGAGGACUUCCAAGCAAAAGAUGAUGGAAGCAUUGCUGUUGCCCUUGGUUAUACUGCACAUCUGGUCUCCAUGAUUUCCUUUUUCCUACAAGUGCCCCUCAGAUAUCCUAUAAUUCAUAAGGGGUCUAGAUCAACAAUCAAAGACAAUAUCAAUGACAAACUGACGGAAAAGGAGAGAGAGUUUCCACUGUAUCCAAAAGGAGGGGAGAAGUUGCAGUUUGAUUAUGGUGUCUAUCUUCUGAACAAAAAUAUAGCACAGCUAAGAUAUCAACAUGGACUAGGGACUCCAGACUUGCGGCAAACCCUUCCCAACCUGAAAAACUUCAUGGAGCAUGGACUAAUGGUCAGGUGCGACAGACAUCACACCUCCAGUGCAAUCCCUGUUCCUAAGAGACAAAGCUCCAUAUUUGGGGGUGCAGAUGUAGGCUUCUCUGGGGGGAUCCCUUCACCAGACAAAGGACAUCGAAAACGGGCCAGCUCUGAGAAUGAGAGACUUCAGUACAAAACCCCUCCUCCCAGUUACAACUCAGCGUUAGCCCAGCCUGUGACAACCGUCCCCUCCGUGGGAGAGACCGAGAGAAAGAUAACAUCUCUAUCCUCCUCCUUGGAUACCUCCUUGGACUUCUCCAAAGAAAACAAGAAAAAAGGAGAGGAUCUAGUUGGCAGCUUAAACGGAGGCCAUGCGAAUGUGCGCCCUAGCCAAGAACAAGGAGAAGCCCUCUCCGGGCACCGGGCCACAGUCAAUGGCACUCUCCUACCCAGCGAGCAGGCCAGGCCCACCAGUGUCCAGCUUCCAGGCGAGUUCCACCCAGUCUCAGAAGCUGAGCUCUGCUGUACUGUGGAGCAAGCAGAAGAAAUCAUCGGGCUGGAAGCCACAGGUUUCACCUCAGGCGAUCAGCUAGAAGCAUUUAACUGCAUCCCAGUGGACAGUGCCGUGGCAGUAGAGUGUGACGAACAAGUUCUGGGAGAAUUUGAAGAGUUCUCCCGAAGGAUCUAUGCACUGAAUGAAAAUGUAUCCAGCUUCCGCCGGCCACGCAGGAGUUCCGAUAAGUGAAGUGAGCAGGUCGACAGUAGGACCGGGGUAGAAGCUCUGCCUAAAAUGAAGUGAAAGCUGCACUUAACCCUUUGUAAUAAUGAUGACACAAAAUGAAUAUUAAAUUAAUGGAGGAUAUUCCUCGGAAAAACAGACUUUGGGAAUGAAGGAGGGACUCAGGAUCAUUGUUAUCAGUGGGCCAAAGUUAGAUUUUGCUUUCAAGAUUUGCUUUUUGGGCCUGAUGAUUUUAAAGCAAAAAUCACCCUCUAGUUGAAAGAGCUUACAGCUUGAGUCACCUUUUAGCUAUUUGUCUGCUUUUUAUUUUACCCUUCUAUGUUAUCCUCAGAGGGAAGAUGAUAAUAUAUAAAUAAUAUAAUGAACUCACCCUUAGUUUCUCAUAAGCAUUUGCCCUCACCAUGGUUUAUAAAACUUUGGGAAAACGGAAUAUUCAGAAAUAGGUUUCUACCAUGCACUGAAAGAUCUGUGGCCAUCUGUGAGGUAGAUGAAGAAGCAGCAUAGUGGUCUCCUUACACCCAGGCCUAUCUGUCCCUCUUCCUGCCCCCGGGUACCACAGUCCACCUUUAGACCCUACUGUCGCCCCAUCUUCUCCAUGGAUGGGCCAUGCGUCCUGAAAACAGGACAUCAGAUUCACUGGUUCUGUAACCCAGUAGCUGUGACGUUCCAUCUCUUCUAAGCAGCCAUGGCCUUCCCCCUCCUCUGCCAUACCCUUAAUGUGGCCCUCAGAUUAGAUGAAAAACUUGCUUCUGGUGGAUCCCGAGGGACCCUCAAGGACCUCGAGGUUACUGCAGUCAGAUGCCGUCUCAUCCUCUGUGGGGGCCAAAGUUUUUAUGUGGGCAGAUGCUGUGGUCAGGAACUAGGCAUGCUUUCUGGCAAGGCACUCACCAGACAAAAAUCACUUGAUGUAAAUCCCAUGUUAAUUUAUUAAAUUUCAGUCAGAAGGUCGGCAUUUACAUGACAGAAUGUAUGUAGAGAGUCAGGGUGUCUGGUAGGCAAACUGCAAGGCAGUUGAGAUAGUUGGAUUAAGAGGCUAGACGAGACAUAGAAUACUAUUGGUAUGUGUGCAAUUUCAUGAAUAUUAAAUUAUGUUUCGAAGUCCAGUUGUCAUUCCUGCAUUCAGAUUUCAUUUGCUGUUGCUUUAUACGUUAUGUACCCAAGGACAUUGCCUCAGGGUUGCAAACUCUUUAAAGGAAAAUUUAUCCAUAUAUCCAUGUAUUAUAUAGAAGAAUAAAAAUUGAGUUUACUUCA